GCUGAAACAGAACUGCGUGAUAAAGAGACGGAAAUAUGUCACCUCAGGGACGUACACAAUUUGCUAGAUUUAGAAAUGCAGUCGAAGAAUAGGGAAACUGCGGUUAUUUCCGAUGGAAACAGGGAGCUAGGAACAUUACUGCAGAAAAAGGAAACAGACAUACAGCGCGUAAAGGAAGAGAACAGACUUCUGGAACUGAAGUUGCAGAGAACUGACGCAGAAUUUCUAAGCUUGACAAACAAAAAUACAGAAAUCGUGGGACUUCUGAAUAGCACAAAACGUGGACUACUACUGCGUGUACAUAGUGAAGAGGAGCUGGAAAACAUUCCAGGCGAUAACUUUGACCUUAAAGGAAAAAUGAGUGAUUCUGAAGGAAAAUUGAUCUAUGAUAAUACAAUACUCACAGCGACUAUAGAGGAUUCAGAGUGGGAAAUUCAUAAACUCACAGAAGAAAACUCGCGUCUACGACAGGAACUUCAUGAAAAGCGAAAGGAAGAAGAGAGACUAAGAGAUGAAAAUAUGAGAUUCGAUAGAGCACUGCAGGAAAAGGAGCCACAACUCGAAACUCUGACAGAUGAAAAUAAGCUGCUUAGACAGGCGUUCAAGGAAAAGGAAAUGGACAUCGAACGCUUAACAGAAGAAAACAUGAGAUAUGAGAAGGAACUGGAGGAGAAGGAACAAGAAUCAGAAAACCUUGCAAACCGUAAUUCACAGCUAAAGGAAGAUUUUCGUGAGAAACGAUCACAGAUGGAUGAUCUUUUAGGUGAAAAUACGCGUCUUGAAAAAUCAAUGCAAGAGACAAUGUCAGAAGCAGAACGCCUUGAGGUUGAAAUUGCGCGGAUUCAAAAGGAACUUCACGGGAAGGAGUCGGAUACAGACCGUCUGAAGUGCGAGAAUGCAAGAUUGGCAAAUCUGCUGCGAGAAAGUGAAACCGAGGCAGAGAUGUUGAGAGGAGAAAAUACACAUCUUGAUAAAGAACUGCAUGAGAAGAAAUCCGAAACUGCUCUCACGACGGAACAAAAUGUGUAUCUGAGUAAAGAAUUACAAGUUGGGAACGAAGCUUUAACAGUCUUGACAGAAGUAAACGAAAGACUUCGCAGUGAACUACAGGACAAGAAAGCAGCGACAGAACAGCUGACAGAAGAAAAUAUGCGCCUUAGUAAAGAACUACAAGAAAAGGAACCCGAAAUAGAAAGGCUAGAAAAAGAAAACACACACAUUAGAAAGGCAUUGCAGGAAAAGGUACAAGAAAUAGAACAUCUGACUGAAGAAAAUAAAAGACUCUCAAAAGAAUUACACGACAAGAAAGCAGAUAUAAUGGCAAUUACAGAAAAAAAUACACAUUAUUGUAAAGUAAUUCAGGAAAAGGAACACGAAAUUGAAAUCUUGGCAGAGAAAAGUGCGUGUCAUGCGAAAAUACUGCACGAAACAAUGACAGAGAUAGAAUGCUUGACACAGGAAAAUACACGCAUUCAGAAUAUCUUACACGAAAAUGAGGCGAAGACAGUAAGUCUGACAGGAGAAAACAUUCGGCUUGACAAACAACUGCAGGAAAGUGAACUGAGGAUAGAGGGAGCGACAGAAGAAAAUGAACGUCUUCGUGAAAAACUUAAAGAUAAUGACUCCAUUAUAGAGUGCCUCACUGCAGACAAUUCACGAUUAAAUAACGAAUUACAACAGAAGGAAAAAGAGAUAACACAUAUCACAGAAGAAAAUGCAGAUAUCUGGAAAGAAUUACAGGAAAAGUGUCUGGAGGAAGAACACCUAACAGAAGAAAUAACACGACUCAGGAGAGGAAAAGAAGAGAAGAACCUCAAGAUAGACAACAUCAAGGAAGAUCAUUCACAACUGGAAAGAAACUUACAGGAGAGUGUGGCAGUGAUGCGGAAACUGACGGAAGAAAAUAUGAUACUCGGACAGCAACUACAGCACAAAAAAUCUGAUAUCGAAUGUCUGACAGAAGAAAAUGUAAGACUCGAAACGGAGCUGCAAGAAAAGGUACGAAGGACAGAAUCCAUCACAGAAGAAAACUCGCGGAUACGUGAAGAAUUAGAGUCUAAAGGGUCAAAGAUAGAACUAUUAACAGAGGAAAAUAUAUGCUAUGCAAGAGAAGUAGAACAAAGCGCUGACGAGAUUGAGCGCCUCGCAGAAGAAACUACACUCCUAUUAAAGGGACUACACGAUUAUAAAACAGAGAAGGAACGCAUAAAAGAAAUAAAUGUAGGGCUGGGAAAGGAUAUGCAGAAGGAAAUACUGAAGACUGAGCAACUUACGGAAGAAAAUGUUGUUACUGGCAAGGCGUUACAAGAGAAAGAAGCAGAAACAGGAAGAUUAGCGAUGGACAAUUUGCAGCUAACAAGCGAACUGCUACAUAAGAAACAAGAGACAGAAAGCUUGGCAAAAGAAAAUGAAUUAUUGAGCAAGGAAUUGGAUGGGAAAUUACCCGAAAUAGCUCGAAUUACAGAUGAAAAUAAACGGCUCGGAAAAGAACUGCAGGAGAAGGAAUCAAUGACAGAAAAGCUUACGGAAGAAAAUUCAAGACUCGCGAAGAAACUGCAAAGUGAGAUAACACAAAUAGAAGACCUCACUAACCAAAAUGUGAAGCUUGGGAAACGUUCUGUAGAGAUUGUUACAGAAGCAGAGCGUCUUACAGAAGAAAAUUCACGUAUGAGAAAAUGUCUGCAAGAGAAGAAAUCUAUGUUACAACACGUGACAGAGCAAAAUGGAAAUAUUGGCAAAGAACUGAAGGAGUUCGAACAGGAAAUAAAUCAAUUUACAGAUGAAAACAGGCGACUAACUGAACUCGCGGAGAAGAGAAAAACAGAUAUUCACAGCUUAAAACAUGAAAAGCUUCGGAAAGAAUUCCAAUGGAAGAAAUCAGAAAUAGAAAGACUGAAGCAAGAAAUAGCCCAGAACGAAAAAACAGAAGAAUGGAAGGGCCUCUUGAAUGACUUUACAUUUAUUGAACACAAGUUACAGACCGUGGAAAUGCAGACGAAAAGUCAAAUGGAAAUGAACAGAAAUCUCGAAGAUCAGCUACACGAAAAGAAAGUAAUUUUAGAGAAUAUGGAAAAAGAAAAUGCACAGUUGGAGAAUAAAUUAAUUAACACAGAAGAAGAAAUACAUAUCGUAGCGGGCAAAGCCCGUGACUUGGAAAUGAAAUUACUAAGUAAAGAACAAACAAUCAAGAGCCUGAGAGAGUCGUGUGAUGUAUAUGGAGAUCAGAUACGGGCAGGGGUAAAAGAAAUGCAGAGGUUAACAGAGAGAAUAGGAGGACUGGAGAAAGAUAUGCAAGUCAAAGAAAAGGUGUCUCUGAAACUCAAGAAUGAAAAUUGUGACACUGGGAAAAAAUUGCAGGAAAAGGAUCCUGAGACAAAAGAAGUGACAGAAGAAAAUGUGAAACUGAUGGCGAUGCCGUUAAUUAAAAAACGAGAUCGUUUGGAAGAAGAAGAAAACGAGAUAUUGGGAAAUGUUUCGGAAACACAAACGGGAAAAUUCAAUGUGCAGUUAAUGAGAAAAAUUAAAGAUUUCCAAGGGCCAAGUUGUGAUAAUACUGAUUUCGGAAUGAACUUAAAGAUGAAAGUGGAGGAAUUAAUGGAACUCACGGAGAGGAAGAGAACUGCCGAGGAAGGUUUCCUUUCUAAACAAUGUGAAUUACAGAAGUUCAGAGACGAUAACACGGGUCUCAUCAAAAGAACAGAAACAUGGAAAGGCACAACUAGCUUCAGGGCACAAAAUGUGGACUUCUGUGGAGGGAAACAAAACGAGAAAACAAAUGUGGGGAACAAGGGAAAUGAUAAUGAUCUCGGGGAAGAAUUUAGGAAUGAGUCAGCAGUUUCCGAGAUUGAUAACUGUCACACAGAAGCAAGGAAACUGACCAAGUUGAUGAACGUGAAGACGGGAAUAAAGACGGAUACAAGACAAACAGAAAUUCAAAACACAAGUCGAAAUGAAAUCCACGCGGACAGCGAUGGUGUGCAGCAUCCUGCAACUGCAACUGGGAUCAAGAGGCCGGGAGUCGGAAGACAUGGCAAAGGAAACUUUCUGCAGGAUCGAACUGAUGAUUCAUCGGAUAAUGAUAAGGAACUACAGGUAGAAGACACAACAGGCGAGAGCAAACGUUCGUGGGCCCACAACGGAAGAACAGAGGAAACAACGUUCCUGAAACAACUGAAGCCUCACUCUGUUGGGGAUCUCAAAAGAUUUCCCAGAAUGCAAAGACAUGUUAGUCUUGAUACUGGGUUCGAUUCCGUAAUGAUGAAGCCGAACAUCAUGAUGAAACCGGAUGGGAUAUCUGAAAACAGCAAAUUGCGAAAGCAGCUGUCAGUCAACAGAAGUGAGCGACAGAGCGCUGUCGAUGGCAGCAAAGGACGUGUUGUGCUAACGGACAUGCCGCUCGUCAGUAGCAGCUACAAGGGGCAGAUCCCUACAGCUGGCCCAAAGACCACAGAAUGCACAUCCAUGCAGAAACCCGGCUGGGUGUACAUGAAUGCAGAGUUCUUCACUGUUAAUGUGGCGGCUCUGUUGUUCACUCGAGCCAUCAAUGCAAAGCUGGCAUUCCACUUGGCAUCACACAAACAAAUCCCAUAUUUGUUUAAUGACAUAAUUCUGAAACUUGGAAAGCAAACGCUUUUUCUUCAGCUGAAAGAUCGUCCGUGCCAUAAUAAGUAUAUUGACAAGUCACAGACUUUUCAACUGAAAGGAGACUUCAGUCUGUUGAGACAUUACAAGUCAUUCUGUGAAACAAAAAAACUGUGGACCCAAAGAAAGAAUUUACAAGACUAUGGUAGAUUUGAAGACAGCAUUUUUGUUGUAUACACAAAUGCUGUAAUGUCUGAUGAUAAUGGACGCAGUGCUGACUAUACAGUUUGGCAGGAAGUUCUUUGUUCCAGGGGAAAAUAUUUCACGUUCUCUGAGGAUAAAUUCCCAGAGGUUUAUGAAAUGUUCGAAAACUUAGAAAGAUAUAAACAACUGCUGGCCGAUUCAACCUAUAACUUGCAACUUACAACUAAUCAACAGUUGCUUGAUUUUGUCAGGAAAGUUUGGAACAGCAAGGCUGCCGCUCUUCCAGGGAUAAUUGAACUCAACAAGUUGCUAAAGGACCUUCAGGAGCUGGGAGACUUGUCACAUUACAAAGAAUUUUUAUCAAGGUUUUGGUUUCUUACUGAACAAGGAACUGAUCAGCAACUUGAGGAACAAAUAAAGCAACAAAUAGGACUGGCUUGUGGAAUCUCUGAAACAAACUUGAUUUAUACUCGCUUCAAAAAAGAAAUGGGUGACUGGUACAGAUAUUCAGAUCAAGUUCUCACUCGAGAAUCACAGCUCUGGAAGGAUAUCAGAAAUGGAAAUGACAGUUCAAAGAAUGACAUGGAGGUAAUCAAAGUGGAACCAGAUAUUGACAGAGAAACACUGUUGGCGGUUUCCCACAGUGAAGAUUCACAACUUGGCAUAAAAGAUGAAGAUCAUCCCGACCCAUUCACUUUAGUUUCAGUUGAGAUUGAAGACAAGACUAAUCCAGAUGAUGGUGUAGGAUUGAAGGAGAUUAAUAAAGUUAAAACCAUACAGCAGUGUACUGAACCAUGUCAGGACGCAGGAGCCAAAUGUGACAGUCCUCAAGGAGGAUCUGCUGCCUUUAACAAUAAACCACCUUCAAUAACACAACACAAGCCCAAGGGUAGAUACAGAAAGAAACUGCAAAGUGCUGCAGAUAUUUGUACUUGUAGUGAAUGUGGUAUAGUAUUCAAGAUGUCAAAAGGAUUGAUAAACAAGGAGAUUAAAAUUCAUAUCUGUAACAAAUGCAGUACAAGUGGUGCCAAAGAACCUAUAAAUCUUGCAGAUGGCAUAGAACAGACUCAGGAAUGUGAUCGUGGGUCCGCUGUUGAUAGUAGUAGCAAAGAACAUUCCGCAGAUAGUAGUGAAGAAAAGCUACAUGUGUGUCCGGAGUGUGGAAAGAGUUUCACGCGAUCAUUGGCUCUCAAGAAACACUACUGCAUGCAAGAAAAAACCUAUGUGUGUGAAGUAUGCGGAAAACAGUUCACGCAGUCCCGUAAUUUAUUGGUCCAUUCUCGCUCACAUACUGGUGAAAGGCCAUUUACCUGCAAUAUAUGUAACAGAGGAUUUUCUUAUUCUGGGGACUUGAAAAUACAUAUCCGUAUACAUACAGGGGAGAAACCCCAUGUCUGUGAAGUCUGUAAUAAGGCAUUUUCAAAACAAGGAAAGCUAAAGAUCCACUAUCGGAUACAUACGGGAGAGAAACCGUAUGUGUGCAAAGUAUGCAAGAAAGGAUUUUCAGAAUCCCAGGUUCUCAAAAGACAUUACCAUACCCACACUGGAGAAAAGCCCCAUGAAUGUCCGGUAUGUAAGAAAGGAUUCACCAAACCGGGAAAACUUAAAAUCCAUUAUCGNAUUCACACUGGUGAAAACCCAUAUAUUUGCACGGUGUGUGAGAAGAGGUUUAACGACACGCAAGUUUUAAAGGAACAUUAUCGUACUCAUACUGGAGAAAAACCUUAUGUUUGCAGUAUUUGUAUGAAAUGCUUUGCUUUUUCAAAAUCUUUGAAAAAACACAGUCACAUUCAUACAGGACACCCAAUAACAAGACACUGAUUUUCUUUAACAUGUAGAAAGGAAGACACCUGAAUGUUUACCAUGGGAAACAGUUUUACUGUGCUGCAAAAAUAAAGUCAGUAUGGCAUGAAAAGAGGGUUCAGUUACCCUCAGAACAGGGCCUGGGCUCAAUCCGUGUGACCACAGAAGAGAAAAAUAACAUGAAUUUCCAUUAUGCAGUUCUACUUUGCCACUGAAAAAGGAAUAAUUGAGUGCUUCCCAUAAAAAUAUUCAUAAAAUAAAAAGUGAAAUAUGCAUUGGCAUUCCAGUGGCAUCAACAAAGUAUAUUUUAAUUCCAAAUCUUUAUUAUUUCUGAAAUUUACUGUACAUAUUUAAACAUUCCUGUGCAAAUAUACAUAUUAAUGUAAUUAAUUUGUACAUUUAUGCAUACACCCACACUUACCAUCAUGAAUGUAACUUAUGUUUACAGCAAAUACAUAAAAUCUAUGUUCUGUGUGUCAGUAAAUGUCUGUUCAGACUCCUGGUCCCUGUAAAAUCCUUACCACAAACUUCACAUUUGUGGGGGCGGACCCUGGUGUGAAUAAGUGAAUGCGUCUUCAAAAUGCUAUAUUGUGUGAAUCCUUUACCACAAUUCUUACAUUUAUAUGGAUGUUCUCCAGUAUGAACAAGAGAAUGUCUCUUGAGACUUCUUGCCACUCUAAAAUGCAUUCCACAUACAUUACACUCACGAGGUCGCUCUCCUGUAUGAAUUAGAGAGUGUAACCUAAGACUGUGAAACUGGGUAAAACUCUUCCCACAUAUUUCACAUUCAUGAGGUCGUAAUCCUGAAUGGAUCAGUAAAUGUUGCUUCAAGUUGAACACUUGAGUAAAGCCCUUCCCACAUACAUGGCACUCAAAGGGCCGCUCGCCAGUAUGAAUGUACAGAUGUCGUUUGUGGUUACUGAAGUCUUUAAAUUUCUUCCCACAGACUUUACACUCAUAACGUUUUUCUCCCGUGUGACAAUGAGCAUGCUGUUCCAGAUAUCCGAUACGUAAAAAUGGUUUGCCACAAUUCUUGCACUCAUAACGUUGUCUUGUAUGUGUACGGCGAUGCUGUUUAAGAUACCUGGCUUGUGUAAAAGUUUUAAAACAAAUUUCACAUUCAUAAGAUUGUCCAUUUGUAUGUAUAAGAGAAUGUUCUCUAAGAAGUUUGAUUUUCUUAAAACUCUUGCCACACUCUUGGCAUAUAAAUGGACAUUUAUCUGUUCGGCUUGGCGAGCUUGACUUGGGAGCCGGGCUCAGAUUAAUUUCACCACACACGCAUGAGCUGACUCCUGACUUUCCUAGUACAUUUCAGUAUCCAGAAUGAGUUCAUCAAAGCAAG